UGGUCCGCGGAGCAGCGCGCGCCCCGGCCUUCAUCACCGCCGCGAGUCAUUACGCCAGACGCAGGAUAGGCGACGUCCAAAAAAGCAUCCUAACGCAGUGAACGGUUAUUUACGAAGUUUAAAGUUACCUGUUUCACAGGGAAAAGUUACGGGAAUGUUUUGUUUUAUUUUAUGGGCUUCAGGCUUGUGAGGGGGAAAAACCGGGAGAAUUGUGCGCCAUAAAGGACAUGAAUGUCAUUUUCAUCUGAGAUGAAGAAGAACUCGACCGAACAUGAGCGCGCAGAUCGGGGAGCAGAAACCGCUGGGCGAGACUCCAGUCCAGUGUCAUCAACAACAAACAGAAGGCAAUACAGUAACAGCACUGAGGUCUGCUGCCGGUGAGUUUGUAUAUAUGGGGGGGUUCUGUUUGUGUGUGUAAGUUUGUAAGAGCACAGCGUUCCCUCGCCCCAUCAUGCCCUCAACCUUGAACAACAAACAAAGUAGGACAAGUCCCCUGAGUGAGGAGGGAGCGAAAGCUGAAUGAGUGAGAGAAAGAGGGAAUGAGGAAAAGGUGUAAGUAGCCCAGUGUACUGUACUACCAGUACACAAGAAAUAGUUUAAAGUAGAACUUUAACUUCUUUUCCUAUUUUAUAAUGAUAAAGGACAAAUAUCCCAAAAUAAUUAUUAUUGAAAAACAUAAUUCCUGGCUUAUGAUAUGUGUGUGUUUUGUGGAUUCUACUAAUGUAUUAAUGGAAAUACCUAGAAACAUGACAUAUAGAAAAUACAUUUAAUGAAUCAAUCACUCCACUGGCUUUUUUCAUUUCUACUUUAUCACAAAAAGCAUAAAAAUAUCUUUGCAAGUAAAGGUGAGAACAAAUAAACACCUCCUGUUCAGUGCAGAAAUUAAUCCUCUUUACUAUUUCUAAUUAAUUAUUUUACUUGUGUGUGUGUGUGUGUGUGCGUGCGCGUGCACAUCUCAGAAUGCAUAACACAUCAAACCUUGAGGCAAAUGGGCUACAACAGCAGAAGACCUGUGGAAGACUGGAAAAAAAGACCAGAUGAUGUUUUUCCAAAUUUCAACUGUUAAGUUGGUGAGCCUGUGCUCACAUUCCUGUUUUUGGCUGAUCAGAGUGGAAACCACUGGGAUGCAUUGUGUAUUCUGAGAUACUUUUCUGCUCACCAUGGUUGUAAACAGUGGUUAUUUGUGUUCAUAGCAAUCCUGUCCAAUCUAAUCCAAGCUAAAACUAGUCUGGCCACUCUCCUCUGACCUCUCUUCAACAAGGCAUUUCUGCCUGCACAACUGCUGCUCACUGGAUGUUUUUGUACCAUUUUGUGUAAACUCUAGAGACUGGGCAAAGUCACUGAGAUCACAUCAGAAGUUUAGGGGGAUCAAUAUAGUUUGCAAAAUUAUUUACAAAUAAAAAAUAUAAAAGAUUGCAGAAGUACCUCCAUUGCUGUGAAAACCCUAAGUUAGAUCUUUUGGAAAGAGCCAUGGUUACAGCUUAAAGAAUUACAUCAUUCACACAUUUUGUCAUUGGUAGAUUUUAUGGCACUGAGUUUACUACACUAUUUUGCCCCUAGUGGAUUAACAAAGACUAGCUCUUUUUUCUAAUAUUUCAAAUCUGUUACGGUCCACACUGUGCCAGAUCAGAACAUUUAUUGGGUUGAUCCUGGCCCACGGGCCAUAUGUUUGACACUCUAGUCUACAGGAAACUGUAUGUAGGGUUUUCGAUGGAAGCAUUGUUUUAAAUGUCUAAAUGUUUUGUUUUCCUAAAAUUUGUUUUCAGUUAUAUGUUCAUUGCUUUCCUCUCAGUCCAACUCUUUUUCAUUGUCCAUGUCCAUGGGAUUUGUCUAUGGGAGACCUCCUGCAAGACCCCUUCCUCGUUUCUGUUCACAUCAUAACAGAUCCAGGUGAGGCAAAAACACUCCAAAGUGCUGCAGACCAACUCCUCUCCCUCCUCCACCCACAACUGACCCUCUUCAGGGUGUCAGAGCGAGCAGAAAGGCCCCAACUGAGGCCACAGUGCCUCACGGACCUCCAACUAUCUCUUCGUCCGUGCUUAUCUGUCAUCCUCUUCCUGCAAGAAGGUUCUGGAAGGGAAGAGAGCCAUGAGCAGCAGCUGAGGCGCCCUCCAUGGCGUUACCACCACACAGAGCAAGUAAAAGACUUAUCAUUUUCCCCAGUAAUGCAGGAUUUCUUCAUACUAGCCCCUGGAACACCACUCUGGGCCUUGCGGCAGGUACAUGGAAAGGAGAUUGUAAGAUUCACUAUUUAUUGCAGAUAUGAGACCUACAAUGAUCAGGUGCGUCUCUACAGACUGCUUCUGCGUCGUCCUCUAGCACAGAGAAACAGGCUUUAUAGCUUCUGUGUGGUCUACUCCAACCACCAUAUGGAGAUUCAGCUAUCAUUUAAGAGGUCGCCACGAGGACAGGAUCCUACCCCCACAGAAUGCACCUUUAUGGAGAUACGUGUGACAAAUAUGGGUGGACUCAUACCACUUCUGCCCUAUCCCUGUAGACCAAUCAGUGACAUACGUUGGCAAACCAAGGAUUACGAUGGGAAUAAGAUAUUGCUGCAGGUACAGGGCUCAUCAGAACAGUCAAGGGACACCAUUCCCUCCUCUCCAUCUUCAGAGACUCCCUCUUUUCCACCAUCAAACGGUUAUGGCCCUGAUGCCUAUCGGAAGUGUCACUGCCAAAUCACUUCCCACUCCCACACUCAGAAUCCGCUCAUGCAGACUUCUCAGACUCCCCUAUCACUGCAGUGUAAGCAGGAAGACAUAGAGAGUGUUCAGUGUAGCCAGGAAAUUGUGUGUGCUGGAUGGACAGAUCUCCACACUCACUCCCUAAUCUCAAUGGCAACAGAAGCAUUUCAUUCAGUAAGCACCUAUCCUUCCACCUCCCAUCCAUGCAGUCCCUUCUCUCUUACAAUGCCAAGGUUCCGGAUAAAUGUAGACACAUUAGUAGGAGCCGAAGAGACAGAUGUAGACACGGGACAAGCAGUAAUCAGCAGAUCUGUAGAUCUUUCUGUGAUCUCAGCUUACUUGCUCCCACAGACACAAAAUAAUUCAAAAGCUAGAGUCCCACAGCCUCUAUCUGAGCCUCCGCAGUUGUUCAGCAAUGCAUCAUCUCUAAAACCCUUAAAUAAAACAGCAUUGCUUCAAAAAAGUGUGUGUGCUCCUCAGGCCAAUUCAAAGUGGAAUAGAGGCGAGCAUCAGAGCAAUAGCUCAGAAAUAACUAAAGACUGCACAGAGGAGGGCAAACAGGAGUUCUUCAUCUGAUGCACAAUCACUGGAUAAUGAAACCUUCAUUCAUCUUCAAUAAUUGCUUGAUCCUGUUCAGGCUCACAGUAGAUCCAGAGACUAUUUAAGGAACCUAUUUUAAUUCCCUGGAUACAUGUCAUUUAAUUACUUUGUAAUUAAGUAAAAUCCAGCCCAGUGCAGGUGAGCAAAUGCUAAUUGUAAAGUGGGUGAUCCGCACUUAUAUAUUUCAUUCAAAGACCACUUUGUAAAUAUGAACUUGCUAAGACAUGCUCCUUAAAAUGUUUUGUAAAUAUGUCUUUGCUUCAUAUAUGCAGAAUAUUGACAAACAUUUACAAAUGUAAUUUAACCAUCUAAUGUUACAGCUGUCACUGGCUAUAAAAAGAUGCAUGUUAUAAUUAUUUUUCAUUUGUAGCUAGGAACAAGCUGAAAAAAUCAGCCAGAAGUGUUUGUUCUAAACUUUAACUUGCUAACAUAUUUGGAUUUGUACACAAGAUUUAUUUUAUUAUGAUUUUAAUGUGGUGUCAGUAUAGGCUGUUGCUUGGUUAAAAGAAUAAAAAACAACUCUCUGCUGUCUUUUUCUUUUGGGUCUGUCCAUCUCAUGUGGUCCAAUAAUUGUAAAGCUGGUUGCUUGACCAUUUUAAAUUUUCCUAAAUUUUUUGAGUGAUUACCUCUAUGUAUUGGCAUUGCAAAACCACCAUUUUUUUUUAAUCAUUUCACUUGGUUUAUACAUGACGGCCAUCUUUGUGACACAACAAAUUUUGGUUAUACAGCUGUUUACGGAAACCUCAAUAUCUCGGCUCAGGGUGGUCAUAGCUCCUUGGAACAAAAAAUGAUCUCUAGAACGCAUUACAAGGUACAUGUACAUACAAGCAAUUUGAACAUUGUUGUUUCUUAGACUUAGAACUUAAGUCCUGUAAUGCUCAAGAUUGCUCACAGUUCCACUAUUAGGAUCAAUUUAUGAUGAGAAGGUUUCGAGUGUAAUUUUUUAGGGGUACAUAGGUUUCAGGUUUGAGACUUUUUUUAAUGGGGGCAAGAAAGUGCAAUUUCUUAAGAUUUACAGGUUGAAUAUCUCUGGUGGGUGAACAGAUACGAACCUGAAAUUUUCUAGUAAUAAGACCUUGGUUAGCUUGUUCAGGUGUGUUUGAUUUGGGUUGAAGCUAAACUCUGCAGGACAGUGGACCUUGAGCACCAGAUUUGAAGAACCCUGAUCUAUCCUGUUGGUACAGGUGCACAGUUGGUAUGUGUGAAUAGAUUUUAUCCAAAUAUUUAAUUACAGUGUUCAGUUGGGUGUUUUACAAAUGAACAGUGUCAUAAACAGAGCUAUGGUGUUGUUUCUCCUGUGCUAAAAGCAGUAAGUGACUACAGCUCAGAAGAAAAGGAGUUACUUUGUUCAAGGUUCUUUAUUUGUCACAUUUGUCACACUAUAUGUGAUGUAUUAAUGUAGUGAAAUGUUUUUCCUUAGUGCCUUGUCCCACAGUGCAACAGUGAUACAUAAUAAAACAGAAUAUAAUAAAAGCUGAAUAUAAUAAAAGCAGAAUAUAAUGAAUAAAAUAGAAAAAUGAAACAAUAGAAUCUAUUAGACAAAAUAUAGACGUUAUAUGUAAAAAAAAAAAAUGUUGGCAGCUUGGAGGAAUGCUUAACAGUGCAGUAGUGCAAGAGUUUAUGUUUGUCCAUAGUGCAACUGUUUGUGUAUGUGUGUCUGUGUGUGAGGUAGUAAUAUGCAGAUUUCUCAAGUGUCCUCAUUCAGUAGCUGGAUUGCCUGAAGGUAGAAACUCCUCCUGAGUCUCUCUGUGAUGUAUGUGAUGCAGGGGAGAGAAGUCCUGAUGGUCUUCUCCGCUGUCCUCACCGCUCUGGACAGUACAUUCCGGUCCUUGGCCGUAGUGCCUCCGAACUAGGUGGUGAUGCUUCCAGUGAGAAGACUCUCCACAGCCCCAGUGUAGAAAGCCUUCAGCACCCUGUGAGAGACCCUGAACCUGGCCAGACAUCGUAGAUGGUAGAGACGCUGUUGCACUCUUGUCGCCAAGCUGUAUGUGUGUGUAGUCCAUGACAGGUCUUCUGUGAGAUGGACCCCAAGGUAUUUGAAGCUGCUCCCCCUCUCGACUGUGGCCCCAUUGAUCAACAGGGGGCUGUAGUUCCUCAUGUGCUUCUUACCGUAGUCAAUAAUCAUCUCCUUAGUCUUGGUGACAUUCAGGGAGAGACUGUUAUUCCGACUCCAUGUGGAGAGGAUAUUUACUUCCUCUAACUAGGCCUUCUCGUCACUGUUGGUGAUGAGGCCAACAACCACUGUGUCGUCGGCGAACUUCACCAGCCUGUUGGAGCUGUGUGUAGCCGUGCAGUCACUGGUGUAAAGGGAGUACAGCAGUGGGCUGAGGAUGCAGUUCAAGGGUAGGAUGUGACGUUACAUCAGUUUGUAAGUACCGUGAAAAGAAAUUUCUAUCAAAAUAUCACCUAUUUGGUAACAGUUGGAAUAUGUGUAAUCCCUUGGAAUAUCACAAAAAAACCUAUUACAAAAGGACUAUGAGAAAUUCGAUUAGAGCACAUAUCAAAGGAAAUGAACUAUUCUCUAAAACUUGUCCCUGGUAGGUCACUGUGUCCCACUUGCUACAAAAGUAUUUUUGUGAUCGAAAAAGAAAAAUGUAUCAAGCAGCGUGAGGACUAUGUAUUUACCAACUGUACACCUGUACCAACAUGAUAGAUCAGGGUUCUUCAAAUCUGGCCCUCAAGGUCCACUGUCCUACAGAGUUUAGCUCCAACCCUAAUCAAACGCACCUGAAGAAGCUAACCAAGGUCUUCAGGAUUACUAGAAAAUUACAGUCAGUUGAGUUUGGAGCUAAACUCUACAGAUUUGAAGAACCCUGUGACC